UCUAACACUAAUGCGCAUGCGCGGUGCAAAUCUGGUCACGAUAUAGACUUGGUAGUCUGGCAAGUCACUACUACUAUCUGCGUUCAGAGGGCGAAGUUUUAAUUUGUUUGUUUUGUUUUUUUAAAUUAUAUUAAAGGAGGAAAUAUCACAGGCCGGGUGAGCGAUGAGGCGCUGUCUCCUGCUGCUCCCUGCGCUCCUCCUGCUGCUGGCUCUGCCGGACACCAGGGGGCGCUACAACGACGACUUCGACGACGGCGAGGACCUGGCUGAGUUCGACGACAACGACUUCGCCGAGUUUGAGGACGUCACAGAGGAGCCGGCCAUCGUGGCGGAGAACGAGCCUCCGACAAGACCGGUGCCUUCGUCCGCUCCGGAGGAGGACGAGGACGAGGACGAGGCCACGGUGGAGAACGAAGACGGGCAAGAUGAGUUUGAGGACGGAGAUGGACAGGAUCAGGACAUGUACAGCAUUUAUGACAACGAGGAGUUCGAAGGCCACGACACGACCAGUCCAUCCAGCAAGGACACGCUCAUCUACCGAGAGGUCCCAGCACAUCUGCAGAACAGCUGGGAGAGCUACUACAUGGAGAUCCUGAUGGUGGCUGGCCUCCUGGCUUACAUCAUGAAUUACAUCAUUGGCAAGAACAAGAACAGCAGGCUGGCUCAGGCCUGGUUUAACUCGCACAGGGAGCUUCUGGAGAGCAACUUCGCCCUCGUCGGUGAUGACGGGACGAGUAAGGAGCCCACCAGCACGGGGAAGCUGAACCAGGAGAACGAGCACAUCUACAACCUGUGGUGCUCAGGACGUGUCUGCUGCGAGGGCAUGCUCAUUCAGCUCAAGUUUCUUAAAAGACAGGAUCUGCUGAAUGUGCUGGCCAGGAUGAUGAGACCUGCUUGUGAUCAAGUGCAAGUCAAAGUAACUCUGAACGACGAGGACAUGGACACGUUUGUGUUUGCAGUGGGAAACCGGAAGGCCAUGGGGCGCAUGCAGAAGGAGCUGCAGGACCUGAGUGAGUUCUGCGGGGACAAGCCCAAGUCGGGGGCGAAGUACAACCUCCCUGACUCUCUGGCCAUCCUAUCAGAGAUGGGCGAGGUCACGGAUGGGGUGAUGGACAGCAAGAUGGUACAUUACAUCACCAACCAUGCCGACAAAAUAGAGUCCAUCCAUUUCUCGGACCAAUUUUCUGGUCCAAAAGUUAUGCAAGAGGAGGGUCAGCCUUUAAAGCUCCCCGAGACCAAGAAAACGCUGCUGUUUACAUUUAACGUGCCUGGAAUGGGUAACACUUCUCCCAAAGAUAUGGACAGCCUGCUGCCACUCAUGAACAUGGUGAUCUACAGCAUCGACAAAGUCAAGAAGUUACGCCUCAACAGAGAGGGGAAGAUGAAGUCAGAACGGAACCGCGCCCGCGUCGAGGAGAACUUCCUGAAGCAGACUCACGCUCAGAGGCAGGAAGCUGCGCAGACGCGUCGGGAGGAGAAGAAGAGAGCAGAGAAAGAGAGGAUCAUGAAUGAGGAGGACCCUGAGAGACAGCGCCGCCUAGAGGAGGCUGCUCAGCGUCGAGAGCAAAAGAAACUGGAGAAGAAGCAGAUGAAGAUGAAGCAAAUUAAAGUGAAAGCCAUGUAAAAACUACACACGCACACACACGGCUUCCAUAGCUGCUGGCAUUUGAGAAUGUAUCCACUGCUUACAUUGAUUGCUGAUAUCCAGACUUGUACCUGUGCGACAGCUGUUCACUAUCAGGUCGUGUUUUAUUUAAAGAAAUUGUUUCGAAUUUGAUUCCCUGCAGCUCCACCGCUGUCCGGUCGUAACCGAGGGAGUCACCGGGUUAUUAAUGAAUUAAUUAGUGUGUGUGAAUGUUUCCAGUCGGUGAAAUGUUUCGUCCUGGGGUUGUCACUCUUUCUUUCUUUCCCGUAAAGGGCUGGUGUAGACGCAUGUGAAAGCUGCACCUCACUCCAAAUUUAGUUGAAGGUGAAGUCCUAUGUAGCUCCUGAUUUGGUUGGAAUAAAAAAGUAUGAAUUUGGGUUUUGCGCUUUGCGGAAAAGCCAUCUAAAAUCCGAAACUGAAUUCCACACUCGGAGUUUGCGAUUUUACGUUGAAAAUUCUAAAUAGUCUGCAUAUAAUAAAUAAUUACUAAAGACCAUUUGUUCCGUCUAUUAAUUCAUGUUUUUAGAUUCGCUUUCAACGUAACGUUCCAGGUAACGUCCAGGCAAAAGCAUAUGAAUCAUACAUCAUAUAUAUUUAUUGACUUUCAAGCGUUUAAUCACACACCCUAAAAGGGAACCCUGAUUAUGAAGACUCGUAUGGCUUAUUAGAUUAACCCUGACAUCCGCUAUAUAAAUCCGAUCUACAGAAACACUCGAUGUCAGUUUUAAAAAAAAGAAAUCAUAAAAAUCAUUGCACUCGUAGGCUCCCAUUGCUGUUUACAUCGCAAUGCAUUCUGGGUAGUGACGUGAAAUGGUUGCAACGGUCUUGAUUUUCCAGCGUCCCUACGGCGAUUAUAAACGCGUCUUCGGCCUUUUCAAUUUGAACCCGAUGGUAACGUAAGCGAGGAGGCUAAUUUAGAAGACGUUACUCAUAAUGUACGUCAUAAUGAAGACGAUCAGAGAGGUGUGGGUGCGAGAGUGGGGCAAAAUGCAUGGUGUCUGUGUGGCAAGUGCACGUCUAUGCCAACAGAGAGCGUUUGUUAUGGAUGAAACCAUUGUUUUAUGAUGAAACAUUCUAAUCUCAAUAAUUGUAGAUUAUCGGCCAUCCAGCUGCAAGCGUGCUGUCUCCAUGUUAUGAGCAGAUCUAUGCUGUUUACACAGCUUCUGUGCGUACGAAGGUACUCCUAUCUUUGGAAAGUUAAGAUUCUUGUGAUUCGAUUGAUAUAAACCGUUUUGAGAUACAAUCACAACAGCAGCUACAAUCAAUGUUUGUCAGACCACCAACAUACAAACAAACAAUUACGAAACGGAGGUGACUCAUCUCCUAUGAAGCCUCAUAGUAAUCCACUAAUCCAUAACAUCUGGACAAAUAGUCAUGUUACACUGGCAAAGGUCCAAACAAUCCAAUUAUGUAAAAAUAUUUAGUCCACCUUUCAAAGGAGACGAAAACCAUGCAUGUACUCCAAACGGUUCAAGAACAGCUUUAAUUUUACUUUGGGGAUGCCUUGGCUCGGCGAUUUAGGCUAAUUUUACAGGAGCUUUACUUUGAGAAUAUACAGGAAAACGCACUAACAAGAUGCUUACAGGUUUGAUUUAUAUAUAUAUAUAUAUAUAUAAUUCUUUUGAGUGCUCAAGUGCAACCAGUUUACAUCAUGGACUCAGAGUGCAUUGCACGUCACGUGAUGGCAGCCUCCGUAGGUUAAAAUAUAUAAUAAAUAUUAAGGAUUUUUAAAGUAAUGAACAUUUUUCAUGUGUUUCUAACAACGUAUUUUUAUUUAUUUAUUUAUCCUUUAUUUAUCCAGGACGAUCCCAUUGAGAUCUCACAAUCUCUUCUUCCAGGGAGGCCUGGUCAAGACGGCAGCACGUAGAUUUUAGUAGGAGAGGGCAAUUAUAGUGUGUUAAGGCCUACAAGUCUUCAUAGUCGGGGUUCCUUUGAAGUGUGAAGUUCCGCUUGAGAUUUUCGAUUGCUGCGUUACAAACGACCGAAUUCAUUUUCAGUUCAAAAUUCACUUUCUGAUGGUGUGAUACAACUUUGAAAAUUCGAACGUUCAGGUUGCGUUUGAAUCAAAAAUUUCUAAUUGCGUGAUUAUGACUCUGUAAAUAAAACCUGCAACAACCAAAAAAAAACACUCCUGGUUUAAUCGACGCAUCUGAGCAGCCAGCUUUAAUUAGUACACUUUAAUCAGCAAUAGAUUAUUAUACAUAGGAUAUAGGACCAUGUGAACACAAAUACACUACCUUUUAAAUCUAGUACAUGGAGAGGGGUGUUUUUUUUUAUUUUUAUUUUUUUUUUUAUAAACGAUUUAAUCAUGUGUAUUUUAACAGCAGAACGUGUAAUUCUGUCCCAGUAAUGUGAGCAUCACAAUUUGAUUUAUUUAAGCUACUAAACUGCCAGUGCAAGAUUACAAGUUUUAUUUUCUUCAUCCUAAUCUAAUUUAUUAUUGAGUGGAAAGACAGAAGUCAAAGCGUUACGAGUUUUAAUCAUGAGAAUAAAAUGGAAAUUCUGUUGUACACAGAUUAAAUAGAUUUCCAAUAACCACUUUUAAAGGUUCAGGUUGUAAGAUUUAAGAAUAAAAUCUAAUUAUUAUUAGAGGUCUAGAAACAAAGAUGCAUUAGAAAUGGGGGUGAGAAUAAAUAAAUAAUGAUUUGCAAUAUGACCAUGCGCUGGAUCUGGUCUGGUUGAUUUCUGGCCCUGAAAUUAGCACCACUCAUUUUCUCAGCUCUGCCUUUUUAAAAAAUUUUUUUUUAUUAUUUUUAUUAUUAUUUUUAAACCUCUUCACUCAAGUGUUCUAAUAAAGGGAAAGGAAAGGCUUGAUUGUUUUUCAUUUCAGUUACAGUUCAACUCUCAGGCUGCAGAGGACUCUUUAAAAAAAAAAAAAAUUAAAAAAUGACAAACCGCUCCUUUAAGUGUGUCUGUUUUUAUGCCGGAGAAGUAGAACUACCGCUUCCCCAGGCCAGUUCUCUCCUGUAGGUCAGUACAGAACUUCCACAUCACCUGAAUGCUUCCCUUGGUCCUGCACUGAGCUGUGCAGUGAGUAAUAGUUCUUACCCUGCGUUCACCAGCUGAACACGGGUGAGUGAGGAAGCACACGGAGUGUUUUAUAAUACUGUACGCUUGCAAAAUCGUAUAAUUCAACCGUUUUAUAGACAAAUGACGAUUUUUUUCUUUUUGUUGACGAGAAAGGGCUCAGCGUUUUCCGUGUCAUCUUUGACCCACUGCAAUUACUUUAUGUAUUUAAUACAAGUCAUGCCUUUUUUAAAAAAUAAA